UUCCAGACCAAACCCCUACCCCAACUCCGGCACCGGAAAUGCGGCGCGGGCGCGGCGGCGGGCGCCACCCGAAGGCCCCCACCUCCUCGGCGGCCGUCGACCGCACCCCGAUGACGGACCAGCCGCUCUACCCGCGGAACCUAGACCACGCCUUCUCCCGCCGCGACUCCGACGCCUUCAGCGUCUCCUCGAUGGGCACGGCGCCCUCCCACGCCGCCCCCAUCACCAGCCUCUCCGACCGCGCCUCCCAGGCCGCCGCCCUGCGCGCCGUCAACGCCUACCUCGUCCCCGCCGCCAUCCACCUCCGCCCGCCCCUCCCACCCGCCAAGGACAUCGUCGCCGCCUUCCACCACCUCGCCGACCGCCUCCGCUACCCCCUCAAGGGCGCCGCCUGGGAGGACGACCUCCUCGCCCUCCUCCGCUCCCUCGCAUGCCCUUACAAGGUCACCAGAUCCGCCCUCAAGGCCCCCGGCACCCCGCACUCCUGGCCGCCGCUCCUCUCCGUCCUCUACUGGCUCACCCUCCUCUGCCGCGCCACCGACGGCCUCGGCGCGAACCCUCCCCCCUCCACUGACCUGAUGACCUACAUCACCGAGAGCUACUACCUGUUCCUCACAGGCGAGGAUGACGCCGUCGCUGCCCUCGACGACGACUACCACUCCAAGGCCCGCGCCCAAGUCGAUGCGUUGGGAGUGGCCAUUCAGGACCUGGAGAAGGAGGUCCAGGAUCUCGAGGCGAAGCGGAGCAAGCAAAUCUCGGCGCCCUCUCGCCUCAAGGCGCUGGAGGAGAAGAAGGAUGCAUUUACUGCCGACGUUCAGAAGUUCGAGGCGGUGGUGAAGAGCUGGUCCACCAAGAUCAAGGAGAAGGAAGAUGCCUUGGUGGAGAAGGAGAAGGAGCUGGAGGCCAAGGUGAUGAAUUGCCAGCAGACGAUGGCCGAGAAUGAGGAGCUGCUGAAACAGGUGGAGACGCAGGUGGUGAAUGUCAGGGACGUCGAUAGGAUGGCUAGGGAGAUGCAAGCGGUGGAGCAUGAUAUCUCCAAGUUGGAGAAUGCAAAUGCUGUACUGGAGGAGAAGGGGUGGGAACUUGAAGCUGCACUUGUCAGCAAGCUCGAGGAGAUCGAGGGCCUUGCCGAGCUGUGCAACCAGUCCCUCCGGAAGUUGAAACCCAGUAUUGAUUUCCAGUUCGAGGUAAAUGCAAAAGGAUCCUCCCCGGCUGAGAUCCUUGGUACCACCUACAAAACCAUCCUGAAGCCCGCGCUCAAUGCUCUUGCUAAUGAGACUAAACGGCUAAUUAUCUCAAAGCAUGAUGAGUCAAUUGAUCUACAAAAGCAGUUGCAAGGAAUUGUUAAAAUGCUGGAAGAGAAAAAGAGUCAUGUUUCUGUUCUACAGGCUAAACAUAAUGAGAUGACUGGUCAGCUGGAUUCACUGGAUCGUGAAAUCCAGAAUCACGUUUCACGCUGCGCAGCCGAUGCUAGAAAAUUGAAAGACGAGCUAGAGAAAAAGGAACAUCACAUGAGCACUGUUGAGAAGGAGGCAGAGGAGUUUUUGAAGAACUCCGAAGAGGGUCUCCAGGCCGCAUUGAGGGAGACCGACGAAGAAACCCAGAUGUGCGCGAGGGAGCUGCUUAAGCUCAUCGAUUCAAUCGCGGAGUACAAGGAGUUUGUGGAACAGUCGACUGCCGAGAUGAAGAAAGACCUCUACGAAUGCGUGGACGACAUAGCUUCGCUGUCAGCCAAGAUAGUCUGAGGCCGGUUACACGUUGGAAGCGAGUUAGAUGUACUCCCUCGGUUCCAUAAUGCAGUGACAACUCAAAAAAUCUAUACGCACUAGUAGAUUAUUGAACAGAGGGAGUAGUAUGUAUGAUGCGUUUAGAGAUCGUUGAAAUGACAGCUGUGUCUUGAGCUCCCAAUUU